GUUUUUCCCAUGAACUGAUAUUAAUUGACCAAUCAGAAACACCGAUGCAUAGUCAACUUGGCUCGAUAUCCAACAUGGAUGCGACCAGCGAGUGUCAAUAAAAUGGGAGCAAUAAACUUUGUUGCGAAAUGCAGUAUACUUUUGCUGUUGAUUUCAAAUGCAAGAAGUCAAGAAGAAACUGAUAAUAUACUGAAGACAGUUGAAACAAGCAACAAAGAAGAUUCAAAUGAUGAAGUUCUUAGCAUAACCCAAAGAAAUGAAGUCUUGGGCGAUGAAAAUCAACUCAAUAAAGACAUAGAAAAUGUGGAAAGUAGUGAAUUCUGUGAUAAAGAAAAAGAGGUUUGCAGUAAAGUUGUCUCAAUUCCAAGUCAAUCUUUAAAUAACCAAGAAUCUGCUUCUGAUGACAGUGUUAAACCAAAUAUUGAUAGGAGGAAAGAGACAGAUCCAAGACCAGAUGAAGAAUUAAGAACUAAACCGUCAGCUGAUAUUCAGAAUAAUGUUAACAGUGAAAAUGAAAAUUUAGACCUAAAAUCUGAAGAGACUUUUAACAAGGAUGAACAUGAUACAAAGAUAAGAAACACCCAGUCAGUUACCAUGGAUAAUGAAAAAGUUCUAGAUGAAUCCAGGGUAACAGGAGGGAAUAACGAACUAACAAAAAACACUUCAAAUUUUGAAUCCAAUUCCACAUUUUAUCAGUGGUUGAAAUUUAUUUUAGAUCCUUUUAUUGAGGAGUUUAAAGAUGGAAUUUACCCAAAGUUGUCAGAUAAAACAAACAUCACUUUAUCUAAUGCAUCUGUUGUAAAUGAAAAUAUCACAAUUGAAAAUGGGACAGUAAACGUGACCAUAGCUGAACCGGAAAACAUAACUGAGACAGAAAACAAUACAACUGACACUGGUAAAAAAGUCAAAUUUCAUUGUACUGGUAAAAAUGUUACUGACAAUACAAAUGCCACAGUUAAACUCAUAACAACAGCUCAACUUCUUCAGCUUUUGAACUUUGAUAAAAAUGAUACAGACAAUGUAACGGAUUGUUUGUUAGUGAUGUUUUACGCUCCAUGGUGUCAUUUCUGUGCUAAGGUGGCACCACAUUACAAUGCACUGGCUAGAGCUUUUCCUCAACUAGAUUUUGUUGCUGUAGAUACAGCUCAAUUCAGCAAGUAUGUUACAGGUGUAGAGGCAAACAGUACAGUAAAUGUUACAGAGGCUGACUAUUUAGGUCCUGUACCAAGUGUACCAACAGAUGAACCAGAUUAUCUCCUGCUAGUUUCAUGGUUGUUUGUAAUAUUCUGUAGUUCAUGUAUGUUUGUCAAGUCAAACAAGGGACAACAGUGGAUAAACAGGGUUAGAGUACUGUGGCAAGAACAUCAACAUAUAGACUGAGGCAUGCUCCUUAAAUUCAAAUAUUGCUCAAAGAGUGACAAUGGUGUGACAGGAGACCAGUGAAAGAAGGCUGCAUUUUGAUUGGUCAGUUUAAGAUAAAAGUCUGUUAAAGCCAAGUUAUAUUCUAGAUUAUGACUGGACUCUGUAGAUUGGAUUUUAAUGUAAUGAUAUCCUGAUUGAGAAUGAACAUGGUGGGUCAUGUGACAUCAAGACAUCACAUCAGCUGUGGAAGUACUGAAUCAGACAUUUAUGAAAUAAUAGCACUAAUGCACUUUUUAUGUGCAUUAUUCCCCCGAAAUAAUUCUUUAUGGAAAUUGUGAUCAAACUUGUAAAGUAAAAUUAGUAUAUUUUAUAUAUUAUUUUUAUUAUUUCAUCAAAAGUGCAGUCCAAGAAUAUUAUAUUAGAAAAUAAAAGACAUGUUAGGGCUUGGACUAAGGAAUUACUGUUUAGUAUGUCAAUCCAUAUGUAAACUAUAAAAUUCAUUGUUCUUUAUUUGACACUACUUCUGUUUUAUUUUUAUAAAUGACUAUCUAAACACUAGUAUUCUGCUAAUAUGGGUGAGUUAGCUUAGAUUUUUGUUCUUCAUCAAUUUUAAUUCAACACAAAUUUACUGACUUUUUAUAGCCAUGUUACAUUGAUUGGGACUACAUAUCAUCUUUAAUGAUUUUAAGUUUAACUCCCCUCAAUGUUUAGAAAUUUUUGUUCAGAAAUGCUUCAGAUUUAAUUCUGUUUGUCUAAAUAACAUGUUUAUACAUACAGGAUGCAAACAUGCAGAGUUACAGGUUGUGUACAGAGGUGAAGAUUUCUUUUUAAUGAAUACAAUAUAAAUAGUAGUAUAUACAACCUUAUCAGUUAUUCAAUAAUUGUAUUAUUAUUUAAAAGCCUAUUGUGUUUGGGUCUUAAAUAAUGUUUUUAUGAGUUCUUGACAUUUUGAAACCAUUGAACUUUCUGUUAUCAUCUUGUACAUGGAUCAGAGUGAAUUAGGAUAUGUGUCCUUUCUGAAAAUAAAAACUUGUGAACAGAUUUUUCAGAUGAUUAAUUCAGAAUAUUUAAUAUCUUACAUAUUACAUAAAUACAUCCAUUCCAUAUUGUAAAUUUAUUAGUUUAUGUGAAAUGUUGUGUUUUUUUGCUAAACGUGUUUAAUACAUGCUUACCAUUUAUAUGUUCUUUUAACUUGUAUUUUGUUGUAAUAUUUAAGUGAAUGCAUGAUUAUUUUUAAAGAAAUCAUAAAUCCCCAACACAGUAAGCAUAUAGCAUAUUAUAAAAUCUAAAUAAGUUUUACCUGAUGGUAAGCUUUUUGUAAUGCCUGUUGUCCACAUCAAUAUUAAGCUUAACUUUUUGAAGAAUAGUAGGUCUAUGCUACUUACCCAUGUCUCAGCAUAACACUUUGUUUUUCAGUUAAGUGUGCAAAACUUCUUGUAAACUUCUUAUCUAUCAGCAACUCUUUUAAAGAAAUUAAUUUGUUAUUUCACACAUGUUUUGAGAUCAUAAUUGAAGGUCACUAUCUAAGGCCUACAACUCUAGCAUUAGCAUUCUGACUGAAUUAUGUCCCUUUGUGAAAUCAGAAAAGUCCUGGUUAAAGUUUUUGAUACAUCAUAAAUCUUCCUAAGGUAUGGCUUGAAGCUUUACAUGAUAAUUGUAGGUCAAAUUUCAACACAUGUUGAUACUGUGUUACGUAUUUUAAAUGAUAUCUUCCUCUAUAUUUAUACCUACUAAAUACAUACUCUUGUUUUGCUAUCAUGUGUAAAGAAUAGGAAAAUGUACUGUCUUUCAUACUGCUCUUGUUUCCAUACUCAAUAUCCAUUUCAUUUCAUAUUUGUUUUGAAGUUCAAAGGUCAAGGUCAUAUGUGUACAUCCAUUAAAUCAUGAUAUAAAUUUUACAUAAAACUGCACUUAAGUGCAUGCCUGGUAAACAAUUUUGUAAUUCCUUGAUGGGUUUGAAAUAAAUUUUUGUGUUUUGUACAUCAUGAUGAUGUGUCACUCUCAAGAAUUAGGUCUCCAGCUCAAAAGAUCAGGGUCACACAUAUAUUUCAAAGUCAUGAUAUUGUAUUUUUAAAGUGCAUUGAUGGUCAUGUCUGGUCAACAAAUCUGUCAUUACUGGGGAGAUUUGAAAAUAAGUUUGGCAUAAAUAUGUUAGACAAUCAUGAUGGUGAUGUGUCAUGCAUAAUAAUCAAGUCCUUUGCUAAAAGGUCAAGGUCACACUUGUACAUCCAUAAUCAUGGUAUGAAUCUUUCAUAAAACUGCACUGAUUUUUGUUUCUUUUAAAACAAUUCUGGCAUUUAAUGAUGGAUUUUAGAAUAACUUGACAUAAGCUCAUUUGGCUGGUAUAAUCAAACUUAAGCAAUGGGACCCAGGUGAGCAAUUUAGAGCUAAAAAGACCCUCUCCUUUUGUAAUAGUUUGUUAAAUAAAAAAUAAAACUGUGUUCAGUAGUGCAAUACAAUAUUUUAGAUACUGGUUAAAUUCAACAUUUGCAAAAUAAAUAUGAUAAAUGUUAGAUAAA